GUGGACAACAUUUUAGAGAAAUACGUUUUUUGUGCAUUUGGAAAAUGUCUGUGAUCUUUUGUUUCAGCUAAUGAAAAAUGGGACCAACACUCUACAUGUUGUUUUUAUAUAUUUUUUCAUUGUACAUGGCUCUGGGCUAUUUUAUCCAUAAACUAUCAUCAUUAUGACAAUAGAAUGAUUCAAUAUAAUUACAAUCAUUCUAUUUCUAUGAUUAUUACAUCAUAAUCAUCAUCAUUAUGAGGGCAGAUGUUGUUACAUGAUGAAUGAUGACAUGUGCAUUCUAGUGGAUCAAGAUUAGCCAUCAGUCAACUUCAAAUUCAAAUAUAGCUGCAAGCUUCUGGGGUUCAAGCUUUGGUCACAUAGUGCCACCAUCAGGACAAAUUGGAAACAUUGCCAAAUUCAAUGAAUACCAGCGUUGUAUUAUAAUGUAAUUUUGAUUUGUGCAAUUAUUUUCAGAGCAAGAGCAAUAAUAACUUUUUUUUCAUGAGUGAUCAAUGGAUUGAUCUAUCUAUAAAUUGUCAUGGAUCAAAGUCCAUCUCGUUCAUCAAUGGCCCCUUCUAUAGAGGAGCUCACUGAAGAAAUGUCUCAAGUGGUUCAGGUCAGUGAACUCACUGGGAUCUCCAUGAGCCAGAUCAUGGCAUCCAGAACCUCCUUGGGAACGCCAGUGACUUCUGUUUCCCAACUCCUUGCAUCCGUGACAUCCUUGCAUUCACCAAUGCCACCUCUUACUAAAGCUGCUUGGGGCUCCAAGGAACAUGACUCUAAUGAGAUAAGCAUUAUUAGCCAUUUGUCCUCACAUUGUGUGGAUAAGUCAUGGCCUUUUGCAAUCUACCCACGCUGUGAGGAACUAAUCCAACAAGAAAGAAUGCCUCCGCUGGAGAAGUAUCCCUCUCCCACCGUGCCAAGGAAGAGAUCAAAGAGCCGGGCAAUGUCUUCCCUGUCACUGAGGUCAGGGUGCUCUGAACAGACCCUGACCAGUAUCCAUGAGGAAGAUGAGACUAAGGUGGUCCACCUGAUCAGCCAGGCUGUGCCUGAGGAGACCCCAAUGGAAAUAAUGGCUGAAGUGGAAAAAGUGGCAAGUAAAGACUCCUCCAAUAAGAAGGCCUCCUUCUGGAGGAGACUGAGAUGUCUUUGUUGCCUGGGGAAGAAGGAGGCUGCUACUACAAAGAAGACUAAGGUGGAGGUGCAUGAGCAGGAGGAUGCUGAGGUGACCCGGGAUGCUGUUUUCCCUACUGAGAUGUCCUUAAAAUGCUCAGGAAAUGAUUGAUGCCCUAAAUAUGAAUAUUUUAAUAAAAUCUGAAUAUUUUAGAUGUCAGCCUCUGUGUGACACCUGCUCCUACUCUCCCUCUCUGCCGCCAGCUGUCACCAUCAUUACGUGCAGCCGUGCAAUAUUGGACUCACCUGGACUCCAUUACUCUGUAGAUUGCCCUUCUAUCUAUGUCUGUUCCUCAGUUGGUUCCCUGUGUCAGCAUUGUUGUUAUGUUCCCCUGUCCAGAUGCUGUUUUUGUUUUAAUGUCUGUUUUACAGUAAAUGUUCACUCUCUGUACUUGCUUCUCGUUUCCAGUGUCGAUCCUUACAGAAUGCUCUAACCACUAAAAGAAGCAUCAGGGAGU